CACUCACUUUCUCAUAUGCGAGCCUCCGUCUGUUCAGCCGCUGUAGUCUGCAGACGCACGCGCGGACCGACGGACGGUCGGAGGCGCCGGGCGCACAGGAUCCCAGCGGGAGGAGGCAAACACGCCGCGGGAGGACGGAACCAGCGGCAACUGUCAACGGAGUCAUCUGGUCACCUGGACAGAUCGGGAGAGCAGGCGACAGAAAAGCAGCCGGAUAUCUGCAGUGGCGCAGCAGGGAGCAGAAUGGCGUCCAUAACGGAAUACUACGCUGGCAAAAGCGUGCUGAUCACAGGAGCCACGGGAUUCAUGGGAAAAGUGCUGGUGGAGAAGCUGCUGUGGUCCUGCCCGAACGUUAAAGCCCUUUACAUCCUGGUCAGACCCAAAGCGGGCCAGUCCAUGGAGCAGAGGGUCAGCGACAUGAUGAAGUGCAAGCUUUUCGAUCGAGUCAGGGAGGCCAACCCCGACUUCCACAAGAAGAUCAUCCCCAUCAGCAGCGAGCUGACACAGCCCGGCCUGUCCAUCAGCCCGGAGGACGUGGAGAAGCUCAGCGCCUGCAUCAACAUCGUCUUCCACUGCGCCGCCACCAUCCGCUUUGACGAGCCACUGAAACACGCUCUGCAGCUGAACGUGAUCGCCACGCAGGAACUCCUCAGCCUGGCCCAGCGGAUGCACCACCUCGAGGCCUUCAUUCACAUCUCCACCGCCUAUGCAAACUGCAACCGCAAGCACAUCGACGAGGUCAUCUAUCCGCCACCUGUCGAACCCAAGAAGCUCAUCGAGUCUCUGGAGUGGAUGGACGACGGCAUGGUCCAGGACAUAACGCCGCGGCUCAUUGGCGACAGACCCAACACCUACACCUACACCAAAGCUCUGGCUGAGUAUGUGGUGCAGCAGGAGCAGGACAAGCUGAACAUUGGCAUCAUCAGACCCUCCAUAGUGGGAGCCAGCUGGCAGGAGCCUUUCCCUGGCUGGAUCGACAACUUCAACGGGCCGAGCGGAGUCUUUAUAGCUGCGGGAAAGGGCAUCCUGCGCACCAUGAGGGCCAACAACGAUGCAGUGGCUGACCUGAUCCCCGUAGACGUGGUCGUCAACCUGACGCUGGCUGUGGGCUGGUACACCGCCGUGCACAGACCUAAAACGACCCUGGUGUACAACUGCACGUCUGGAGGCAUCAACCCGUUCCACUGGGGGGAGAUCGAGCACCAUGUGAUCUCCUCCUUCAAGAGGAACCCUCUGGAGCAGGCUUUCCGCAGGCCCAACGCCAACAUCACCUCCAACUACCUGAUCAACCAGUACUGGAUCCUGGUCAGCCACAAGUUCCCGGCCCUCAUCUACGACCUCUUCCUGCGCCUGUGCGGGCAGAAGCCACAGAUGAUGCGCAUCUUCAAUCGCCUGCACAAGGCCAUCGGCCUGCUGGAGUACUUCAGCAGCCAAGACUGGGAGUGGAACUCGGACAACAUUAGCAUGCUGAUGAGCCAGCUCACUCCAGAGGACAGAACGAUGUUUAACUUUGACGUCCGACAGCUGAACUGGCCCGAAUACAUCGAAAACUACUGCAUCGGCACCAAAAAGUACGUCCUGAACGAAGACAUGUCGGACAUUCCUGCAGCCCGGCAACAUCUGAGGAAGUUGAGGAACAUCCGCUACACCUUCAACACUCUCCUGGUGGUUUUCAUCUGGAGAGUGUUCAUUGCUCGCUCCCAGAUGGCCAGAAACAUCUGGUACUUCGUGGUCAGCCUCUGUUUCAAGUUCCUCUCCUACUUCCGUGCAUCGAGCACCUUAACCAACUGAGUCUACCCAAGCCAGAAACGGCAGCUCUUGCCUUUACCCGUCAUCCUGGACUGAGCGCGCUCCGUGUGGAGGCUCUCUGGCGGAGCGUACUGCAGCUGAGUGGAGCUCUCAGGAGAAAAAGAAAGCGGUGUACUAGCCAUGACUCGUUUGGAUUCCUGUCAUCAGUACCGGUUCAGCAAACCCCUUCCAAGAAACCCCCCAAUUAUUGUUCAUUUUCUACCUGAUGUUCAAAGUGGCCAAUUACAUAUGCAACAACCAUCCUUGUAUGUGACUUCCACCCCCUCCCUCUUGAAUCUCGGUACAUUGCCUUACCUUGUGAGGAUUUUUGUCACACACACCCCCCCCCCAGUACUUGAAAUACAGCGGUGGGUGAUUCAAAGGAUGAUCUCUGACGUUUUUCGGUUUCUCCUCACUCGGAUGAUUUGGAGGUCUGCGGCUCUACCUGACAUUAACGUGCGUCUGCCUUCCCGAAAAUGACACAGAAGUCUCCCUCCUGGAUUUCUUUUCAAGCUAAUCUAGAUUGAGGGGAGCGUUUUUCAAAAAUCUGACCCCACAACAGGAGGAUCUGCCCCCCCUUUCCUGCAGAUGACUAAAUUAGGAUCAGAAAUGUUGGCGUCUGUGUCUCGGUUGAACGCUCAUCCACUUUAUGCCUGUUUGUACAGCAGUUUGUAUGAACCAUGUUAAAUAUUUUUACAUCUUUAUACUUGCAUCAAAGGCUAGUCUGUGCGCAGUGUAGUGUAUAGAAAUACCAGUUAACAGAAGGUCUGAACCGAGCCUGAGCGCACUUCUUUUCAGGUGGGUCUGUAAGUGAAGAGUGGAGUUCAGACAAAAAUGCCAAAUGAAUCCAAGGAUGGAUCUCAAUAAAAUCCAGCAUCAGUGAUUCUUUGUGUUAAAGACCCACUCCGAUCAUCUUUUGAUCCAUUUCCAGUUUUUUUAAUCAUAAAUGUCAUUUUUAGCCACAUUUUUUAUGUAUUUCAUUGGAAUUUGCCUUAAUUGUGGGCGGGACUGUUGGCACAGAGAAGCCCCGCCCCCUCUUCUCUUCCUGUAAGCUGAGAGCUCUCUGUUUACAUGCUCUCUUGCUAUCUUACAGCUAGGGGGAGAACAUGGAUCUAGUCUACCGUUGGAUGAGGAGCAGGGAGAUGGUGGCCCACCCUCAAAUGAUUGUUUUCAAAACGUUUUUAGAUAAAUACUCAGAAAUGCAACUGUGAGCCAAAUUCUCUUAAAAUAUGACCUACGUUUUCAGAAAAACACCAAAAUCGCGAUUUUUAUCGGAGUGGGUCUUUAAAGCUAGAAAGAGGCGGUCGAGUGGGAAAAAAAUAAUAGGAUGUCGAUUGAAACUUUAAGGUCUGGAAUCCGUAAUCACUGGACGUGGUUAGGCAGGUGGCUAAUGAGGAAAAAACUUUAUCAACUUUAAAUAAAAUGGUCACUUAAAUAGCUAUACGAGAGUCCCAGACAAUUGGAGCAAACUGGGAACCUGUUCCGACAAAUCAGGCUACAUUAAAAAAAAAAAGAUUUAACACAGAAGUUAGAUUAACAAAACCAAACAAAAAAAACAGUGGACCAAAAUACAGAGCCAUGAGGGACACCACGCCUUACAGAAUGAAGACACGCAGUGCUUUUCAUCAAAAGGGUAAAGGAUUCUUAAAUGAUUGAUCCCAGUUCUGUUAAUAAAUUAUUCUUACAACCAAAAACGUGAGCGACUGUUGAUCUUCACUUGUGUUUCACACAGAGCUUCCCUCAGUCUACAGAGUAUUAACAAUGGCUUUUAUUUUUUUUAAAGACAGAAAUGAGGAAAGCUGUGCAGAAUUGAAAGGCUUGCUGGAAUAACAAUAAUGAGCCUUUUACGGGAAGAAAAAAGGGACAAACUCUUCAUGUUUAUGCAAAGCUAACGUCUGGUGUUAACAGUCUGAUGAAAGGACGACAAAGCUGUUCUUGUCACGUCGCCCUCAAACGUUGUUUUCACGGGGUAGUGACGGAGGCGGCGGUGGGGGACAUCCGAGAAUCUGUAAAAUGUCUGUCUGGCAAAAAUGAAAUAAAAAUGACUUAAAAAGUGCAA